AUGCCGGACGAAGAGAGCAUAUCAAGAGAGAGUACCUCAAGUAGCCACAGCAUAAACGACAGGGAAAAGGACAACGAGCCAGAUGGCCACCGUCCAGCCCUCCAUGAGACUCUGUCAAAUGUGUCUCAGAAUAACAAGAACCGACCUCGACCUCAGUCGGCGAGUAGCUCAAGCUUGAAUCGACCUCUAUCAAGAGCUCUAUCACGACGAGAGACUGUUCUGUCAAGAAUUCGCUCCCGACCAGAUGUUCAGUUUACACAUCCUCUUGCGCAUAUCAAGACGACAGAUGAUGAGAUUGUCACUUUCGAUGGACCCGACGACCCCUACCACCCUUUAAACUGGCCUACACACAAAAAGGUGCUCACAACAGCUCUCUAUGGACUUGUUACCAUGACGGCCACAUGGGCUUCAUCAUCGUAUUCCGUGGGCACGAAGCUGGUUGCCAAAGAGUUUCAUGUAGGAUCUCAGGUCGCUGUACUUGGCACAACUCUCUUUCUCUGUGGCUUCGGAGUGGGACCGCUACUGUGGGCACCGCUGAGCGAAGUAUAUGGCCGACGUACUGCGGUAAUGAUUCCGAUGUUCAUCUCCAUCGCCUUUAGUUUCGGCACUGCUACGGCCAAGGACCUCCAGACUAUUAUGCUGACUCGAUUCUUUGGAGCUUUCUUUGCUUCAGCACCCGUAACGAAUACUGGAGGCGUCUUGGGUGAUCUUUUUACCCCAGCCCAUCGUGGUAUCGCUAUGGCUGGGUACGCCAUGGCUGUUGUCGGCGGACCAGCAUUGGGCCCCAUCGUCUCUGCUGCUAUGGCUGAACAGCCAUCUCUAGGUUGGCGCUGGACUGAAUACCUUACGGGAAUUCUGCAGGCCUUCAUUCUACUUUUGGCAGUCAUAUUCAUCGAUGAAAGCUACCCACCGAAACUCCUGGUCUACAAAGCUCGCCGACUGCGCCAUGAGAGUGGAAACUGGGCUCUUCACGCCAAAUUCGAAGAAUGGGAUGUCAGCGUGAAAGAGCUCUGUAAGAAGUUCUUGUUACGACCCGUGCAGCUGCUUCUUACGCCUAUUUGCUUCCUUGUUGCACUGUAUGCCAGUUUCUGCUACGGUAUCUUAUAUAUGCAGCUGGGAGCAAUCCCCAUCAUAUUUGGAGAAAUUCGCGGCUGGAACCCUUUGGUCUCAACGCUACCCUUUUCGUGCAUCUUUCUGGGAGCAAUCUUUGGAUGUGCUGCAAAUGUUUACAACCAACUCCUCUAUAAUAAAGCAUAUCACGCUGCCGGUAACCGUGCUGUCCCCGAGAAACGACUUCCGCCAAUGAUGAUCGGCUCUAUCCUCUUCAGUGGUGGACAGUUUAUGAUAGGCUGGACCGGUGGCCAACGUGAUAUUCACUGGAUCGUUCCUUGCAUCGGCCUCGUGCUGCUGGGAACCGGCUUCUUCACCAUCUUUCAGGCCGCACUCAAUUACUUGGUGGACACCUUCCAGGCGUACGCUGCAUCAGCCAUUGCAGCGAAUACGUUUCUUCGAUCUUGCUUUGCGGCUGCCUUUCCCCUGGUGGUUGGUCCCUUGUUCCAUAACAUUGGUGUUGGGCCAGGCUCCAGCAUUACGGGUGGGUUUGCAGCAUUGCUGAUCCCAGUCCCGUUUUUCUUUUACAAAUAUGGAAAGAGAAUUCGAGCUGGCUCCAAGUGGUCAAAGGCUUCGGUAUACGACUAA